CGAAUCUCACCUGCGAAGGAUCGCAGUGAGCCGGGCCGUGACAUAUCUGUCCAUUCGGUUACGAAGUUGUGGGUUUCGAGUUGAGUUUUUGCUGGUAAUUGUUGACUUUUUGUGAAUAGUGAAAGUUAUUUUGUUUUUACGGUGAUAGUGCAGGUAACUGUCUUCAAUACUCAUCAGCCGACAACAUAUUACCCCACCCAUCCGCGUAAUCCAUUAAAUGAUGAAUGAUCUUUGAAGCUGGGAUGCCUGAGGUGAGCCGCUCGGAUUCCCAACGAUCGGACGGAUCCCAAAAACCGCGUGUCUCCUUCAAUCGAGAUGUACACGUUAAGAGAAUUGUGCCGCGUGAAAACUCGCCGUUAGUGAGUGGUGCAGUGAGUGGCGAUGGUAGAUCAACCCCCUUUUUAUCAUCCCCCGUUAGAAAGGAGCGCUUAAAAAAGUCAAAAAAGGAACUUUCUGCAGAAGCAAAACGUGUUAUUCACCAAGCAGAUAGAUUAGAUUGCGCUACAUCCCCCAAAGGUGUUGACUCGCAAAAGUUCUACACCUUGCAGAACAGAAAAAAGAAGAAAGAAUAUUUCUCAGGCUCCCUCGACCGGCGCACUAAACGAAAAAACUCGUUAGAACCUUUACCACCGAAGAAACCACCACGCACUUUUACCUCGAAAUAUUCCCAAAAAUCGUCCAUAUUCGACAUAUUCAAAAGAGAAAAACCACCAGCUCCGAAAAAAUCGAACUUACGUCGAAGUACCAGUGAUGUCUCUAACAAAAGUACAAACAUUAAUACACAGAGCGAUAGUAAGUUUAGAAAACGUUCUGGCAGUGAUAGCGAGGAAUUUCUAAAAAGGAGAAAAGAAAAGAAACAACUUUCUCCUAUAAUAGAAGUAACGCAACGGGAGGACUAUUUUUCAGCCCCAGAGCUAGACUAUUCCGAGAAAGAAAGUAUACAAAACAAGGAAAACUUAGAACCCAAAGGUUUUGUUAGAAAGAAGAAAAAAGAAAGUAUUACAGAACAAUUAAAACAGUUCAUAGAUGAGGUAGAUGAAGAAUUAUACAAAGAAACUGGUAUACGUGUUCCUCCUCCCGAAGAACAGAAACCACCUCAGCCUAUAAUAAUUGAUGUAGAAAAAGCCCAGCAAAUUUCUAAUAAAGAAAAGAAAUUUAAACACUCACUCCUUGCCAGGAAGAUAAAAUCAAUCACUGGUAAAAAGAAACAAACAAAUGAUACUAAAACAAGUAAAAAGCAAGUUAAUGAAAAAAAUAAACAAUCAAAAUUAUCCGAGAAAAAGGAUUAUGUAAAGCAAACAGAACCUUCUGUUCAAUUUGAAACUAGUCAAGGAACAAGAAUAAAAGAAACUAUCGAACACUUAGAGAAUCCCAAAGAUUCUCCGAAGAUGAUCCACAGCAGCCAAAUGCCAGCUGAAAAGCUGCCUUUGACAAAGGGUCGAACAGUCAAUUCUUUGAUAAAAAGGUUAAGUACUGAAUCCACCUCACCCCCUCCCUUAAAAACCAAUAUUCUCAUUACACCCCACGCUACAGUACAGCACAAUAAUAAUCAACCUUUUUCGUAUACAAGGGGUUUAAGUCCUGACAAGUAUAACGAAACAUCGCCUACACCUGGAAGUCCUAUAAUUUAUGCCCAAGUGGUGUGUGGUAACAACGGAAACGGAACUUCAAAGCAAACCGUACACACCAGUUACAGUAACGGUAGAAAACAUACACAUUCAGACUCAGAUGAGGGCUUAGGAGGUGAGGAACAUUUAGGCUUCAAAACAAUAACACGUUUUGGAGACGACUACGACGAAGUCGACAAAAUUGACGAAGAAAGUCCAAUCAGGCCUAAAUUUAGAAACCCAGCCUACCUCAAUGGAUAUUCAAGCUACGAACGCAAAGAAGUGUCUAAUGUUAAAUACAUAGACUCUUCAGCUAGAGGCCGUGGAGACGGAAUGGACUCCAAAAGAAGGGAGAGCCUUACAGAACCACAUGAAACUACUUUUACCUCCACUACCAUGUUAAAUAGUCGUAGUGAUUUAUCUGCUAGAAGAGACCAGUUAGAAUCUAGAAUAAACCGUAGAGUUAAUGACAAUUCCAUCCGUACCUCCCCUGAAUACUUAAAGAACCCCUAUCCGACAAACGUCUAUGUAACCGAAACUACUUCUAAGCACUAUAAAAGUGGAUCUUCUAGUCCUGUAGGCUACACGGAAAAGUAUUCGUCUGAAACGAGGACAGAUAAACAUGGAAAACAUCAUACAAAAGAAUCAAGGUCUGUACAGUACCUCGGAAAUGAACACAAAGAGCGACUGGAGUAUGAAAAUAGGGGAAGACCAAAUGGACACCAUUAUAAUGGUUUCGAUAAUGAGCCCAAAAGCUUUGACUCACAGAUAAGUUCCUCGCCCGAAAAUAGACGAUACGAAACUAGUCACAGUUACAAAAAAGAUGAAUACAGAACAUUCCACAAAUCAACCCCAGACAUUUACAGAUCUCAUCAAGACUCCCUACAGAGAGAAAAUGUUGAAAGAAGAACAGGUUCUUCUAAUUACAGAUCUGAGUACUAUGAAGAUAGUGACAGAAGGGAAAGAUUCGCAGAUUCUGGGAUCGAGAAUGAUUUCAGAAGGGAUUCGAGAGAUAACUUUAGGUCAAGACCCCGGCAUAGAAGAGACUACUGUAACGAGAGUGAAGAUGAGGGUUUUGCCAGUUCGCUACUCAUUGCCAGUGAAAGACAGCACACAGAAGAUAAUAUUAAUAAUAGAAAGAGACGCGAUUAUGACUCUGAUCGGGCAGUAUCAAGAGAAGACGAUCAGUAUAGACACAUAGAAACUAUGGACUAUAAGAGUAAGGUUAGAUCUAACGAUUAUGUACCCAGAGAGAGGAGUAUCGACGAUGGUUCGCACUAUGAUCCUAGAAUCGACAAAGAUGUUGAAAUAUAUACAGUGAGAAGGAAUGAAAAGAAACCACCAAAGCCAGAAAAGAAGAGUGGUCUUGACAAAGUGAAGUCACUUUUUAGUAGAGAUACUAAAAAGAAGAAAGAGAAGGUCGCCAUGGUGCGAGAAGAAAGCCUGAGAGCCAGAUACGUAGAGUACAAAGGAAGAAGUCCUGUCGAACCUAAAUUUAAGAAACAAGAAGUCAACAGUCAAACUAACUACGACAGACGACGCUUGUCAUCACCAAGUCCGAGUCCCACACGCGAACAUCAAAGAAACGUCAAAUCCGAAUCAACACACGGAAGUUGGUUUAAAUCCUUGGACCGAUUGUCACGAAAAAAAUCGAAAAAGGGAGAAAAGGAUGCCAACUUCACCAGCGGAACCGAAGAUGACACUCCCACAAAACCCACGAAAAAUCUCCGAUUUUUCGGAGACACCGACCAGGAAUCGAACGAUAGUAUACGCCACAAAACGUCCACCAAAACUCGUGCAGGAAUACCAUCCAGAGCCAGAAGUCAGUCCACAAGGGAGCUUCAUAACAUUUCAGAGGAAUUCAAGUCGCCUAGAAAUAACUACAAGUCUAUGACUAAUGUUUCUGAGUCCGAAAGGGAGACGAAAGAAUCCAGAAGAGGUCUGAAGCCACCGAUGUCACCGAACCAUCGAACUCCAUCUAGAGAAAACCAUCGAACUCCAUCUAGAGAACACCAUCGAACUCCUUCUAGAGAAACUUCACGGCAUGACAAAGAGCGAAGCAGGAGGAGAAAGAAUGAAGUCAGCUCGGUGGAAAGUUCCACGGAAGGUGAUAGCAGCCAACAGUCGCAAAGAAGUAUCGUCUAUUUGCAUGCUGCUACAGUUGGUGACAUUCCAGGGCCUGGAUAUUUAAAAAAUGGACGGAGGGCCGCCUCAAGAGAAGAAUUGGCCUCUAAUGGAUCUAAAGUUCAGCAGGUUAAAACUUUAAGCCGAUCUUUUUCAGUUUUGGCACCUUGGAAACCACGAAACCCUAGAGACGUAGAUAUCGACUACAGCCAGUACCCGAAAAAUGGCAAAAAUGGAAAAUACGAACAAAAAAUCUCAAAAACACCUACCCCUCGGAAAGACAGUUCAUCAACACUUAAAAAGAAAGCCCAGGAGUCUCGAAAGAACUAUACUAGUUCCAACGGAUCCCACGGUUCGAACGGUUCAACUUUAUUAAAACUGUCGAAAUCAAAAGAAAAUUUAUCUUCACAGACACUAAGAAGGUCUAAAGAGAACCUUUCUAAAGGUUCUAACUCUACUUUAUACAAGAAAAAAGACCGGUAUCCCAAUGAAAAUUCGAGAUAUACCCGAGAAAAAGAGGAAAAAAAGAUGGCUUCCAAAAGUCUUUCCGUUGAGUCGCUGGGAGGCCAAGAGAGAAGACAUAGGGAUGUAUCUCGGUCAGUGUCCAUGCCCCGAAAUCCGGAAAAAUCGGCUGGAUGGUUUAAGAUGUCUAAGAAAAAUAAGAUGAGCAGCGCACAGAGACUGUGAUUCUGUAUGAGUUUUGUGUAUUUUAAGUACUUACGAUUCAGUGGCGUAUCGAAGUUUUAAUACUGAUCUAAUUAAUAUUUAUAAUCAAGAAUUUUACUUAUCUUCGAUUACAAUUAUUUUGGAAACCAGUUUUUCAUUCAUUAUAAGAAUUGUCACUAAAAGCUUGCAACUAAUAAGUCACAAAUAAAUAUUAAAUUAUAAAUUUUAGAUAAACAAAGCCGAACACCAGUGACUGCUAAUUUUUUUUAUAAAUUAUUAUUCAAAUACUGUAAAAUUUGUAUUUGCCUUAUGGUAGGAAGACCCUAAGGUCACUUUCAAACGAUAUAUCACGAAAUUUGGCUAUGCCAGUCUAUCCCACCGAUUUGGACUAAUCGGCCCUCUAUGCCUCGCGAUGUUGUCACUACUUGCAACAUUGCGACUAUAAGUCAACAGAAAUAUCUGAAACUGCCAAUCAAUGCAGAUCAAUCGCGUUUCAAAGGUUUUUCGGAUUUUUAUUUGUUGCCUGUUACAAAUCUUGGCUACGAAAUGUCAGAAAUUGCACCCUCUCAAGAGAAAAUGACUUAAAUUUGCCAUAUUGAUCGCCAACCUCAAUAAAGAAGGCAAUUAGGAGGACCUGUUACAUAGUAAAAUUUUCUUCUGUUUCCUCCUGCGUAAAUUUUGAAGCAUUGUCUAUAAAUUCACGGGAUUGUGCACUUCUUCUUCUUCUACGGCACUACAGCCCAAAUUGAGCCUUGGCCUCCUUUAUUUUUUGCCUCCACCCUUGCUUCUCUGUGGCUGCUCUUCUCCAUACACGGACUCCUAAAAGGGCUUGUGCGUCGCUGUUUACUGUGUCUUCUCAGCGUUUUCUUGGAUUUCCAACCGGUCUCUGUCCAUGCAUUCUAGCAUUCAGUGCUCUUUUUGGUAGCCUAUCUUCUCCCAUUCUUAUCACAUGUCCGGCCCAUUGCAGUCUUUGUAUUCUAAUGAAGUCUGACAGGGGUGUUUCCUUAUAAAGUUGAUAAAGCUCGUUGUUGUAUCGACUUCUGAAGAUUCCGUUUUCCUUUACAUGUCCUAGUAUUCUCCUCAGUACUUUCCUUUCGAAUGUGUCGAGUUUGUUUUUGGAUGUUUCCUUCAAGACCCAGACUUCACCUCCAUAGCAUGUUAUUGGCCGAAUUAAGGUUUUAUAGAUUCUCAUCUUUAUAUUUCGGUGGACACUUUUAGACCGAAAUAUAUGGGAGAGGGCAAAAUAGGCUCUGUUUGUCUGCGUUAUUCUCUUCCGUAUUUUUCCAUCUUCUGAUCCCUCGGCAUAUAUUUCUACUCCCAGGUAUGUAAACUUUCCAACAGUUUCAAUGUCAUCUUCAUGUAUAAUGUUUUGUGGGACUAUAUCUCUUCUCGUCUGAGUCAUUAUUUUUGUUUUUUCUGUGUUAAUUUCAAGACCUAGCAUUUUUGUUUGUGUUUUAACUCUACGUCUGUUUCCUGUGCUCCUGUUGAUGUUCUACUCAUAAUAUUAAUAUCAUCGGCGUAAGCGGCCAGUUGAACCGUUCGGUUGGUCAGUAGGUUUCCUCGUCCAGUUUGCAUUUGCCUAACCACAUGCUCCAGUACCAGGUUAAACAAUGUUGGGGCCAGCCCAUCUCCCUGCUUUAGUCCCUGCGAAAUUUGAUUGUGCACUUAGUGUACUAUUUUUCACGGCACUUGUAAUAUUGCCUUCCCUAUUUCCGUCUUCUGUCCUGGGAGCUUAGAAUCUAAUUAUUGGUCAUUCUUUUUAUAUCGCCCGUCCAUCGCAUGGGUAGUCUUUCUCUACUUCUGUUAUCGGCUCUUGGUUUUCACUCGAGCAACCUCUUUGUCCAUUUCCCAUAUGUCAGACGGGCCACAUGACCGGCCUAGUUCCAUUUAAGUUUAGCCACCUGAUAUACAACAUCUGUGAGGAUACAGACAUACAGGUAUAUACAACAGCAGAGGAUAAUUCGCAGGUUUGAUUGUCUCUCGUGAUUCGUAUUUCAUGACCAAGAUAUUUGUACUUUUCCGCAAACUCCAUAUCGCAGUCGUUAAUGACAAUGUUUUCACUCGGUACCAGGUUUGUCAUUAGCUUUGUCUUAAUUAUGUUAAUUUUUAAGCCAACGUUAGAGCACACUUAUUGAAGGUCUUGCAACAUUAUUCUAAUAUCCUUUAAAUUGUCUGCCAGUAGAACUACAUCAUCUGCGAAACGCAAGUUUGUUAGAUUUUCUCCAUCUAUAUUUAAACCUUUCUUCCUCCAAUCACGCAUCUUAAAGGCAUAUUCCAGAAUGGUGUUAAACAACUUAGGUGACAUAGUAUCGCCCUGCCGUACUCCUCUGCCAAUUCGUGUGGGAUUGGUAUUCUCGUGCAGCUUCAUUACCAUUGUGGCGUUAUUAUAGAUGUUGUAUAUUAGCUUAGUAUAUCGAUAAUCGAUACUUCAUAUAUGUAAAGCAAGACUGUGUUCAGCUCAACGGUAUCAAAGGCAAGGACAAGUGGCCUAUUGUACUCAAUCGAUUUUUCAAUUACCGUCUUAACACUUUGAAGAUGGUCAUUUGUUCCGAAUCCACUACUAAAACCGCCCUUUUCUAUUGAUUGGUAAAAGUCCAAUUUGUUUUUCAGUCUAGUGGUGAUUAUUCUUGUGAAAAGUUUAUAGAGAUUGCUCACUAAACUGAUUGGUCGGUAGUUUUCCAAAUCAGCUGUAUCCUCUUUUUUGUGGAUUAGUAUCACUAAGGUGUUAUAACACCAUAUUUUGUAUGGUCUUCUAUAAUUAAGACCUUUCUCCAUAACAGUACCAUUUCUGAUAUGUUUAACACGUUAUACAUCGUACGUCUCUUCGUUAUUUUUACAAAUUUCGCCACUUUUCGUAUUCUAACUGUUCAACUAAACAUUAUUUUUACUUUCUGUGAUAAUGCCAAUAAAUAUUUACUAGUGUAAUUGGAUAUGGUAAUUGAGUCAAUACUCGCAAUCUUUAGUUUGUAUUUUUAUUAGUUGUUACAUAAUCGUGGGGCAACCGGUUUCGAGUCUUACAAUAUAUGACUCAUCAUCAGGCCCAGUACAAAAAAGUCUUCUCAAUACAAACUACAAGCUAAAAAACACAAAACGAGAGACAUGUACACAUAUAUAUAAAACUUAAAAACAACUUUGUCUUGGUUUUAAUCACAUACCAUGAAGCCAAGCAACUGUGUAGUAUUGAACUCAACCUUCCAUAGUAUGUAAAAAUGAGGCCUAUUGUCAUUGGGAGCGACCAAUAUGAUUGGCAACCCUUUCAUCAUUUACUAGUGUCUUUAUGCGCUGAUCAUGAUAAAAUCGAUUUUUAACUGGCAUGAAAGAGGUAAUAGUAGGGGAGGAAAGUAUGCUAAAUUUGCAGAUACUCAAGCGUUAUGGGUUGUGAAUAUUAGGUCCUAAAACCAUAAAAAGUUAAAGUUUUCCAUUUAAGUGGGGACUUUCGAUGUUUUAAUUUAAUUUUCCAUUUCCAACAAUCGUUGUUUCCGAUUAUAGCACCAUCUACCCAUUAUUCGAAAAAAUGUUUCGAAUAAAAGUUACUUAUUUUUAUGUAAAGAAUCCAAAUCUGCAAUAAAAAAUGGGGUAUAGAUUUUUUCGGACCCCCUUAACGACCUCCCCUGUAUUAAGAUCCAAUAUAUGGUAAGCGUACAUUUACAGGGUACAAGGUUUCUCCCCAUGUGAUCUUCUGAGGCGCUCGAGUAACUGCAAAAAUCGCCGCUUGGGCUCCCCUACCAAAAAUUGGUACAGAAAAGUAGCUACGACAUUUCCAGUUGUAUUUCAACAUGAAAGAAUAACGAAAAGUUUCUAGCCGUACUGUAAAUGCAAAUAUGUAAGUAACAAGCAACAAACAAAAUAAUAGUAGUCACUGGUGACUCCAGGUUUUAAAAUAUAUUCCAUCUACUUAUCGUUUGUAAAAUUAGAUUAUUCGUUGUUCAUUCCAUUAUCUAUAUAUAGAAUAAUCGUACCAAUCCAGAGCUGUCAUUCGUGACAGCACAUUUAGUAUAUCAGACAUUGUAUUUUUUCCACUUUAGUUAAAUAACUAACUUUUUGAUAGUGAAAUUAACUAAAAAUUAUGAUAUAAUAUGUAUACAUAUUAUCGGUUUGUUAGGACAUAAUUUACUUAUAUAAAUGAGAACUUUUGUAGUCUGUACAGACAAAAAAUAUUCUCUUUCAGAUACGCCACUGAGAAUAGUGCCAUUCAAAAGAUGUUUCAAUAAAUUAUUAUGUUCUCUCACAUUUACUGGUUAAAUUGUGUCCGAGAUGAACCAUGAAUCAAAUGCAGAGACUGGCUCCGGUACUACCGUUACUAAUCAAGUUCCUUAUUAUGUUUAACAAAAGUAAUUUUUCGUCACCGAACAUAUUGAAGGAGUUUUGUGAUUCUUUUCGCCAAACUAGUAGAUUCUUCAGGUUAAAAAUAACUACUUAAUAUGAUAAUUUGACGAGUAAAAGUAUGGAUAAAACAAAAUGGUUUCAAUAAUAAUCAAUCGCCAGUAUUGGUAGGGGAGAGGCUUGUACCUUGGGCCAGCUUGUACCAUGGGCCACCCGAUUUUUCUUUUAUUUUGCACGCGAACUGUCUGUGUUUAUUGUCUGAAGUUCUUCUACAAUCGUUGUCAUUCUGUAGUUAGUUGUUGAACGUGAUUAGAAACCAUUUGCGGCUAUCGUAAAAAUAUAGUGUUUUAUUUCGUGAAAAGUAACUAUUUAUAGGAUAGAUAAUUUUCUUUUUUAAUUUUUGUGUUAACAUAUAUCGUAAAUUAAAUCACAGGGUGUGUAUGCCUAUACUAACAGGUAGUUAAAAAACAUAGCGAGAAAUAUAACAAAACCGUUUUAUUAGGUGAAAUUCACAUUUGUUUUCUUUUCGGCCGAGUCUUGUACCUUGAACCGCUAUCACGUCUUGUACGUUGGGCCGUACAAAAUUAAUUGGAAAAAAAGAAGGCACAUUUUUAUGUUGCACAAGUAACUGCUGUAAAUCCCUAUUUAACGGUCCAGUAUAUGAAGCGAAUUCUGAACAGCAACAAAUUUUCUGGCCCAAGUGAUCAACAAUUUGACACUGGCAUUGAAGAUGUCUUACCCAAACUUAAACCACCAAGUAAGACUGGGUUGUCUGAAAGGCAAAAAGGAGUACAUGUAUUUGACUUAGAUUUUGAGAGGUUCAAUCUUGAAUGACACAAUUUUUUGUAUAUAUUUUUAAAGGUUUACGGGUGGUUCAAUGUACAAGACUACGUGUAUCAAGGUCCAGGACUGGUUUGUACCUUGGACCAAAUUAACUCUAAUAAAUAAAAUUCUAAAAAAUGUGUUUGGUUUUGUUUUAUUAAAAUAACCUUUGAAUGUAGUAUACUAUGGUGUAUAAACAACAAGUUAAUCCAAAAAUGUUUCCUUAAAAUUUAAAAACUUAAAAAUAAUUGAGCUUUGAAAAAAUCCGGUUCAAGGUACAAGCCUCUCCCCUACUACUGUAUAUUAUGGUAAAAAUGAAAGUUUGAGUCUUAUUGCAUUAUUGCCUCUUAUAUCUGAAUAAAUCUGUUAAAUUAUUCAUUGAAAUAAUGGAAUGUGUAUUUAAAAGACUAGAUUGUGAAAAGUACAUAACUAGUCCACGAUUUGUCAAUAUAUAAACGCAGAGGCGUGCGGUCCAUGGAAGCGGGGGAAGCGCCGCUUCCCUAUUUAUUCGUCGAUAUAAGAAAAUAUAUUAUUAAUUAAUAUUUAAUAAUAAAAUUUCUUUCCCUAAUCCAAAUAAUCUACAUAUUACCUAGCCAAUAGGCAUUGACGAAUAUUAAAAAUUAAUCGCGUACGAACGAACUCAAUGUGCACACAAUUCAACUAUUUGGUCCACUCCUGGCAGAAGCGCAUCUCAAAAUCGCCGCUUGUCAUGCAGUUGUCCCUUUUAAAAUUGGUCAGGGUUCAAUGACCGCACCCACUAGUCGCGCGGUUUUUGAUAUGCCAUGGAAGCGCUCGUCGUAUCGCCUUCCCGAAAGUGAGAUGCUUCGACUGUUACUGCUGCUAAGGGGUGCUUAGGUAUUACAUACAUUCGCUUAAAGAAUAUUUCGAUUUAAAUUUUUUGCAGAGAUAUUUCCUUUUACUGAUCUUUUAUUUGACAUUUUACAGAAAUCAAAUGGUAUUGCAUUUUGUAUAAGACAAAUUGAUGACCUUAUUAAUACGAUAAUUAAAAAAACGAGAGCAGUUUAAAAAUAUUUGGGAUAAAACUGAACAUAUGGAGUUUGAACAUGAAAGAAAAAUAAUGAAGAUUGAUAAUUUCGGAGACAGAGAAAACAGAGAAAACAAAGAGACCUUUUGAUAAUAUUCUACAACAAAUGAAUUCUAGCUUUCAAAAUUUUAACGAUUUAAAAUUUGUAGAAUUAUAUAUAAUCUUAAUAUUUCUAAUUAUAAUUCAUCAAAAUUUCCCACAGAGGAAUUUAUGUCAUUACGAUUAAAUAAUGAAAAUGUUUUGAUAUCCCAGCUUUGCAUUCUCAGUUAAGUAUCAUUUAUGAAACAACUGACAUAAAUGAUAAAGAAAUACCCAGAAAUCUGGGAUUUCUUUAUAACUACUGGUUUAAACAAGUCGCUGUGUGAAGUGGUCAAGUUGUGUGAAUUAGUACUACUAAUUAUCCCAGCCACAAGUGCAUCAAUUGAACGAAGUUUUGCAGUAUUAAGAUGCAUUAAAAGUUUCAAAUUAAGAGUUUAAAAGAAAUUCAACAAGCGAAGACAGACUUUGAAAGUUAGCCCUAUUAUCCAUUAAAAAAGACUGCAUUCAACAAUUAUCAGAAGUUGAUAGGAGAAUAGACCUCGAGUAUAAAUAAGUGUCAUUUUAGUGAAAGUUGUGUGUUGUGGAAAAUGCCUCGGAGUAUAUUUUUUUUAAAUAGGAUUCUUCUUUAGAAAACCAAGCCCGGUGCGAGGACUCAGGCCCGAGCUAGCAAUACAGAUCAAUGAUAGGUCACUAGUCACUAUAAAUAGCGGGAAUAGAGUGCCUCACGCAUUCACGCGUCACGGAUUUAGUGUGUGAGUACUUGUACGCAGGACGUCUCACAUAAUUAAGUACUUUGCUGAUAGAGAGCCCCUGCGCAUCAGAGUGUUAUCAGGUGGAAAGUUGCUCGACCCUCGACCCUUAAGAAAAUAUUUUUAUAUCCUUAUUGAGUCGCUUCCCCUUUCGAAAAAGUCACCGCACGCCACUGUAUAAACGUAAUAGUUGAUAAUUUUAGUGGGGUACACUGAAUGUAAAAAAGCAUUAUUACACAACACGUCACUAGUUUAGAAAAAUCUGUUUCUCUGAAACAGUUCCUUUUUUUUUUCUUCUUCUUCUUAUACUUGUUGUAGAUCUGUCGAUCUGUUAAUUCCGAGACCGACGUUGAAGUAUUUCGUGGUAGGUAGACUGGGAGCUAUCUCUUCAUCUUUUUGGUGGUCUCCCCGGUGGACGCUUGCCAGCUUGUUUUCCUUCUAGCGCAAUUAUUGGUACUCUGUGCUCCUCCAUUCUUUUUACAUGACUGAACCAUUCUCUUCGUCUUUGCCUACCCCAUAUUACUACAUAUUGUACGCCACAUUGUUCCUUUAUGAUGUUGUUUCGUAUUGUAUCCCUUCUUGUCUUCCCUGCUAUUGCUCUUGCAUGCUAGUCUGGUUACAUUUAAUCGUUUUUUCCAUUUUCGUUUAUCCUUUGUGAUUGCCUUGUUCGUCAUGAAUUUAAUCCGUCUAGGUUCCUAGGCAGUUUCGGUUCUGUGAGCCAAAAUAUGUCUUCCUUCAGGGCAGGAGACUAACCUAACCUGGCCCCUCCUCUUUUAUCCGGGCUUGGGACCGGCAACAUGACACUGAGCUACUCAAUCCACAUAUUACAAUGCAGGCAAAGUUAGUUCCUUCUUUUAAUAGAAGUUAUUCAUGAAAUACCCUCAUUUUUCAUAUUGAUAUACUAAAUUUAAUACAGGACACCUGAUCCACUACUUUCUAAUUUAUAGAAUCCUUCCCUUCAAUCAUAAUUCGGAAAUCUGUCAAAAUAUGCUUCCCUAGCAGCGAUUACGUCUUCUUUCGACAAAGAUCUUCUUUGUACUUAAUCUGAGAACAUUCAAAAAUUAUAGGAAACCAAAUCUAUCAAAUAGGAUGCAUAUUGAGACCAUUCGUACUUUAAUUUACUGUUUUUCGCGAUAGUUUUUUGAGAUUAGUGAGAGGGUGCAUUAUCUUGACGAAAAUAGUUUUUUUUUAUUUUUUAAAUCAAGUCACAAGUUUUUAAAUCCAGCUGCUUUUUCUUACACUAGACGAGAUACCUCAAUCUCUGGUACCUAUUCAUAAGACCUUUGUACCAUACCCUGAUUUUUUUUCAUAAGGAUUUCUUCUGGUUCAAGCCUCAGAUGACCAGUGAGCUUCCGCCUCAUAUUACCCAGCACAUUACAAUUGCAUAUGGCGGUCUCUUUUGUCAAUAUCCAGUCAACAUUUCCGUGACCUUUUUAAUCCCUCCUUUAUCGAGGUUCAUCAAAUUGUCAGAGAGUUUUUAUCUAUGUUCGUCAUUUUUUUGUUAGUCUGGAUUUGACCUUGAGUAGCUCUUCAUUUCUUUCGAUGAUUUCUUAUCAGCCACCUUUGAACCUCGUUUUUUAGCAUCUUUAGUGAUGCCACAGAAUGGUUCUGAGUCUACAAAGGUUUCUCCCGAAAUCAUGCUGAAAACCUGUAGAACCUUGCUAGAAACCUCUUCGUUGUUUUGCUAACAAAUCUGUUAAUUCAUUCCCAUACACCCGUUUAAUGACCCGGCGCCCAUAUUAAAUAUACUUUUAUUAUCCUUUACCAGGUUGUCGAGGAGAACUUUGCAAUUCCUCACCAGUUUUGAUUUGGUGAGUGGGUUCUUUAUGGUUGGAAUAGUCGCUUGCUCUCUGUAUAAAUGUUGAUUGUCGCUUGAUUUCAUCAAUGUGCUCAGCAGCUAUUACGUCUUCUUUCGACAAAAAUCUUCUUUCAAAGCAAAAACUUCAGCCUUGAACACAGUUGUAUAUUGGCCUAGGCUCUAAGACUUGUUUAUUGCAUGUUUGACCAAAGACUCCUGAUCCACGAUCAUGGGCAGUUUUAGUUUUAGAUCCAUCAAUCAACCACAUUAAUGGCCGGUUGCACCAACAGAUCUUAAGCUUAAAUCGAGAAUAUCAUAAGAAUUAAUAUAAUAUAAUUAUAAUAUAUUACAAUAAGAAUACCUUAAUAUAAUAAUAGAUAUAAUUGAUAAUAAGGUAAGAAUCUAAAAUUAUGGUGCAACGUAAGUGAUACUCAAGGAGGCCCUAUCUAUAAGUAGAGCUUAGCUAAGCUGGAGCUUAAGAUCUGUUGGUGCAACCAGGCAUAAGUUCCCAUUAAUUAAUUACAACAAUAAUCUGAGUGAAUUGUUUUGUCAGUAGGUAUGCAUAAAAUUAUUUUUCUCCUUUCCGAAAUGCUCCAAAUUUUGCUGAGACUUUUGCUUAACUUUGAAACCAUGUUUUUGGGUUUAACAAGUUUGGAUAAAAUUCAAAAAAACACCAUUUUGACACAUAUUGUCACGAUUUUAAACAAAACUAGCGGUCCGAAUUUAUAUAAACCUAUUUAUUUAGAAGUUUAUUCUAGAACAAUCGGGAACAUAGGGUAUAUAUUUCUAGAACAAUCGGUCCGCCCCCUCUAUUCGUCUCGUAAGCCUGGCUUCUGGCCGCUUCUCGUAACAGCGAGAACUCUCUAGACUAUGCCGAGUUGGAAUCGUUAUUUUGGGUCGGUCGAAAUUAACUGUUUGGUUAUAAUACUCCAUUUAACCUUGAUAUUUACGUGCUACGGAAGAAUUUGAGACUUCUUUCUGUUUAGUAACGAAAAUUUACUGAUGUUGGAGCCAUGCUAUCGCUUUAUUUACGCUAUAUAACAGUGUGCCUUACGUGUAGUGUUUGUAAGUAAAAAUUUGAUUUCUUUUUCAUUACGCCACAACCUAGUGAAAGGGAAUUUGAAUUUUGUAGAUUUAGAUUUUAGGUUACUUUUAUCAUAUCACUAUUCAACGCUCAAAUUGUUAAUACAUUUUUAUAGAAGACAUGUAUUUUGACAAGAAAUUUAUAAUAUGAUGUCUUGCAAUUCUAGAACACAAGGUUCUAUUUGUAUUUGUAGAUGUAACAAAUAGCUACAGUUUUGCUAGAUCAAAUAUUUUUUCAAAAAAUUUGAGAAAAAACACAACAUUAAAAAGUGUUCUUUUUUAUUUUCUUAUCCAGCCUUUUUAUUCUGUGUUGACUCUUUUGUAGUUUUUUCGUACUUUGUGUUUUUUAAGUUUGCUGUUGUGGCAUUGAAAGAGAAUUACCCGUUAUCCACAACUACCCCUGAUUCGUAAAUAAAAGUUUCAUUAUUAAAAUAUCUAUGUAUCUAAAUUGUCAGCUUCGAAAUUAAAGUAUGAAGGUUGCACAAAGAUUAAUAACGGAAACAAGCUAUUUCUAAUGGAUCUGUAACGUACAGGAAAAAGGUUGAUAUUACGCGGCACAGAAAUAUGACCGUGACAAUAUCUGAUCUUCUACUCGCUAAUUUAAAUAUUACCACCGGCUCCCGGUAUAGUAUAACUGAACAAAUUUAACUGCAACCUUCAAAGCCACUUGCACCGCAUCAACGAAUGUCUGUCGCGUUUUCUCUUCGCGGUUGCAGAUAAAUAGGUUUUACUGUACGUUACCUUCUGUUCUCCGCACUAUCGCUGAGUUUUGUCUAUUCAGCAUAGCUGAAAAGUCGGCUGGACUACACUUAACACAAUUUCAGCCAGUAAAUCCUUCGCCUUCCUGGUUCUUGUUUUCCUUCUACCGUUCCCUGUAAAAUUAGUUGCAGUAAUCCAUACCUCUCGCUGUUGCUCAUGAUGUGACCGAGGUAUCCGAUUUUGGAUUUCGACAUAAUGUGGAAAUAUACUAUAUUCACAACCAACAAAAAGGGCAUAACCUGAAUGAACAGCGCACAAAUAGAAUUAUCAAUAUCUUUUUGAGGCAACAGAAUCCAUUCCUGUGUAAGAUUUUAAAACCUUGUCUGAACAUUGUGCAGAUGGGAAGCAAUUCGUCUCUGAAGCAUAGUUCACACAUUUCCGAUGGGAUUAAGAUCUCUCGAUUGUGUUAGCCAAGCUAAAGGUGUAAUAUCCUCAUUAUGAAACCAAACUCUUAAUGUUUCUUCAGUAUGUGGCCUUGCAUUUUCUUACAUGUAACGCAAAUCAGGACCUGUGGCAAAGGGAAGGACAACAGGUUCUAAGAAGAUACGAUCAAUAUAUCGAUAUUGAUUCAAAGUGCCUUUCGCAAAAAAUGGGAACAGUUCGGUGAUGAAAAAUUAUUCCAGCCCACACCAUAACUUGUAGACCACUGUAUGGAUGAACCAGUACGUAUGUAGACUACUAUAAAUACGCCCGAGUCUUGUCGACCAUCCUCUUCAAACUCUUAUUCCUCUUGAAUCAGGGUAGAUGCAAAACCUAGGUUCAUCUGUAAAUAACAUAUAACUUCAUUCUUAUAAGCAUCCAUGCACGUGUUUUUGUGUUCUCCUUAAUCGGAGUCCAUGACGUAACAUGGGAACCCUCAAGCCAUCAAACCUUUUUUUAUGAAAAUUCUUUUACGCUGUUUUACUUAUCUUAAAAGCGGAGUCCAGCUACAAUCUGGAUAAAAUUGUCGAAUAUUGUCGAACUAAUCUGAAUUCAAUUGGAGAAACAUAUUCACUAAUGAAUAUUGAGAUUCAUAUAUUGCCAUAAUGGAUUUGUUGAAAUACAUGUCUAUCACUUUUCUUACUUAUAUCUUUAAAUAGCAUAUAUUUAACUGACUUGUAAUAUAAUAAUAAUAUUAAUACUUCAUUUAUUUCCCGGAAAUAAACACAUGAAUAAUAUGGUGCUAUAUUAGAUUUUAAUUGAAAGCCCUAUUUUAAAACAAUGUAAAUAACAAUGAAUGUUGUUAAAUAUUGUAAAUUUUGGUUAGGGUUGUGUAAGUGCAGUGUUACUAUAUUUGUUACCAAAUUGCUAUGGCAACAUUUGGAUUUGUAUUGCGUAUCGAUAUACUAAUCUGUAUUAUAAGUUUCAUCAUUUUUGUGUACUAAACGAGAUAGGUGUGUAAAAUAAAUCGAUUUUUAAUACAA